AUGAAGACCGUAAAGGCACGCUCCGUAAAUCCAUCCUCUUUAGCGAAACAGACAAUCAACAAUAAUUUAAAAGCACUGAACAAACUUUGGCAUGAACGCUCAGAUACUGUAAACAAGCGCGUAUUAAGCGAUGCCAAUAUUCAAAACAUUGAGGAUAAAAACGCGUCGUCUAGAUCAAAUGUUCAAUCUUUGAUUAACGCGACCCUUUCGGCUAUUGGUGAAUUAGAGCAGAUUGAAGCAAAAUUGAAUCUUAAAACACUAGAUCUUGAAAAAGCUUAUUCGAAUUUAAUAAAAAGCAUGAUAGACUUUGGUUUGUACAGAGAAGCCAUUCAGCCUUUAUUAAAGCUUCGAAUGCGUCUUUUGAAAUAUCUUGGAGCGUGCAAUGGGUCGAAAAAUCCAAGUAGAAGCUCUAAUACCCUUCAAAAUAUAACACAUCCACCAAUGAAAAAUAAAAUUAGCAGAGGAUCAAAGAAUAUUGAUAGUUCAGAUUAUCUUUUUAACUUAUUCUCAUUUCAUAUUCCCGACAAUAACAAAAUUGAAAAUAAUGAGGCUAAGUUAUUGGUUUUAUCGAGCUUGGUCUAUGCAUAUCGAUGUUCCAUGGAACUUGAAGAAUUACAGUUUAUCAAGCGCUUGCCCGAAAUUUUAAAGAAUAAUGAUAGUCGAAAUCCUAUUAUUCUUUGCCAAUCAUUGAGAAAUACUGACUCAAAAAAUGUGACUAUGUAUACGGAAAUGUUAAUGCGAAUAAUUUCGAAAGCUUGUGCCAAACUUCAAGAUCUGUCAGAACCAAUACUUAUACUAAGAUUGCGAGCAGCUUCCUCAAAAUUAUUUCUUAUGACAGCACGUUUCGAUUUGGCAAAUCUGCUCGAUUAUGUACUGGCAAGUGCGGUGCAAUUUGAGAAAUCAAUUAAUAAAAAUACCAUGUAUCGAGAAUUAUUAAAUUUCCAUUGCGAAAUUUCAUCAUUAAUUAAAAUUCACAUAAAUGAAGCCAUUCAACAGAUUAAAUAUUUUAAAUGGCUAGAUCAUUUUGCACGUGUGGCGCGGCUGGUUAACGAUCGCGCAGAAAGUAUUUCAUGUUAUGAAAAUGCUGUAAAUUUAUUAUCCGAACGCGUGAGAUCAGAAGAGGAGCCACAUAAUUGUUUAGCGGAUAACCUACGAAUUGCUGCAUUAAAAAUCAAUAUUGUUUCUUUGGUUUUAGAGGAGCUUUUAUACAUGUCAAAAUGUUUUGACAUAUUACCGAAAUUAAAACAAUUACAAGAUUUACGAAAUACUAUUGCUUCUGUUUCAUUAAAUAUGCAAAAGGCUGAGCUAUCAAAAGAGGAGAUAUGUGCUAAAUCACAAUUGUUUAAGGCAGCUGAAUUAUUAAGACGACCAUGGUGUAAAAUUGUAGAAUUUAUGGAAGAUACUUCUAAGAAUAAAUCUAUGGAUUUAUCAAUAGUUGGGAAAUCAUCUGCAAUUAAAGAAACAAUAGAAGAAAUUGCUUUAUGUUUAGAUACGAUAUGUGUCAAUUUUCACAAAUAUAAGAGCCCUUUCUCUCAUAAAGAUUCGGAUUAUCUAGAUCCAGAAAAAGCCUCUUUAAUUGCUAUCGGGUUUUACGAGGACCUUUCGCGGUUCACACUUAAUUUUUAUAAAACAAGUUCCUUUAAGAAAUGUAUUUAUUAUAUAGAAAAGGCGCAUCAAAUUGCCCAGAAAACUUCUUGUAUUGAAGGGCUUCAUUGGAUUUCUAAUUCCUAUUAUCGAAUAGGCGUCUUUUAUCAUAAUAACAAUCAAGCUCAACUUGCGAUAGAACCAUUACAACAUGCAUGUACAAUUUUAGACCAGUAUGUAUGUAAAAUGCAACAAAUAAAAAAUAUAGAGGUAGUUCAAGCACAGUUGAGUAAAAGAUAUGAGGCCUUGGGGGCUUGUUGGAAUAUAUUGGGUGAAAUCAAGAACGCUCGCAUUUCAUAUGAGAAUUCUCUUAGAAAUUUUCCCAAAAGGGAAUUAACUCAGCUUUCAGCACUAGUUUCGACACAAGGAAUAUUUUCUGCAUUUCAACAAGUACCAAUUAUUUCAAAAUUAAUUGAACGCUGUAUUAAAUUAUCAUUUGUUGAUGAUUUGGAUAUCGAUAUUUCCUUGCCACACGAAAUUUUGUUAACUGAUGGUAUAGAAUUAGCAGGAUUAAUGGAAUAUGAGUUACGUGUGUUAAAGGCAUUUGAAGAUAAAUUAUAUGGCUCAAAAGUUGAAUCACUGUUAAUUGAAAAACUAUUGACAUUGUAUUGUCGAGAGGAAUUUCCAAUUCGUAGGGCUAGGGUAUUAAUCGAAAAAUCUAAAGUUAUGAGGUAUAAAGAAAUAAAUAUGCAAAUGAUAGCCAUGUCAUUGGCGGAAGAAGCUAUAGAAUUGUUAAAAUCAGAUGAUACAGGACAAGAUGCUUCACUUUUGCACCUUCGUCCGCAUUAUUUAGCUAUUGCAUAUUCCUGGAUUGGCAUCUUGACGCUUGAAUCUGGAAAACAAACUAUUGAUUCAUUUAAACGUGCCUUGAUUAUUUGGAGAAGUAUUUUAGCAAACGUUCCUUUAUGUUUCAAUGAGACUAUAUCACAACAUGAUAUUGAAAAUACCAAAAAAAACAUUGAUGAUGUGGAAAGAUUCUAUGGGCAUCUUCAAUCAGUUACCUUAUACAUUCAGAUUGGUAAAAUAUACCUAAACCUUGGAUAUACGGGCAAGGCUGGAUUGGCGUUUUCACAAGCAAAAGUCAUUCUUGAUUCGUUUAGAUGUGUUGAUGAUGUACAUUUGUUAUGGAUGUUGGGAUAUAGUCAUUACUUAUGUGCCAUUGGAAACAUGGAUAAAAGGGUUGUCCAGAAUGACGCUCGCCAUAGAAAACAUGAACAAUGGUUGAUAGCGGAUGCUUAUUUGACACGUUCGUACAUUUCAAUACGUUUGGGUAUCCUAGAAGAUGCAAUUAUUUGCUGUACAGAGGCCGUACGACUGCUUAACAGGCUGAUGAAAAGUAUUAACAAAAAUUCAAGAUGUUUUAAGGAGCAUAUUGGUGGAUUUUUGACAUUGUCGGCUCAGCGCUUAUAUUGGCGUGUAACUCAUAAACUUCUCGAAUGUUUUAAUCAACUUGGUCGACUCCACAUAUUGCGCGGAUGCGUUAAAGAAGCUGAUUAUUUUUUUAAAGAAGCUUUAAAUCUGAUUGAAACUACAAAAUCAAAUUCUGUUAUGAGUCUUUUUUUAUUGAAUGUUGCGGAAUUAGAAUAUCGAAAGCAUUGUUGGAAAGAAAGUAAAGAAAAAUUGGAUAAAGCAUUAGAGUAUCAGCAGAAGGCUGAUAUUUUUCAAAAAGAAGUAGCAUUAGCGAACUUAUGUAUGGGGGACUUUAAACAUCGUGAAGGCGAUUUCAAAUAUCGUCAAGGUGAUUCCAAAUUUCAAGUGCUUUGUUAUAAAACCGCAUUAGAAUGUUAUCAACAGGCGAACGAUAUUUUGGCCGAUAUUAUGAAAGAAGAUUAUAUAACGAAGCUUGAAUGCACAGAUGCGAGUGUAUUUCAAACACCAACGUGUAAAAAAUUUAUAUCCUGUUAUCAAACUAGUCCAAUUACUAAAAUUACAGGAGAUGGUGCCGUUCAGUAUGAAUGUUUUUUACUUUCGUAUAUGAAAAGCGAAUUAUUUCGUCGUCAAGGUUGGGUUUUAAGCAAACAAGGAAAUAUUAGUGAAGGCAUUAAAUUGAUUGAAAUUAGUUCAUAUUCGAAUCAAUCAUGCCUUGAAAAGGCAGAGUACUUAUUUGUAUUGAGUAAAGCUCAUAUUAUGAAUAUAAAUGAUACAUUAUUGAACCAAAAUCGUUUAGUGUUUGAUAAUGUAAGAGAUUCUGUACUUUCCCUUCCUUUGAUGGGAAAGGCUAAUAAAAAAAAGUCACGAAGGGUAAUAAAAUCAAAGGCAGAAAUUUCACCUCAGCUACUUCAGGAAAUUGAUCGAGUAACUGAAUGCCUAAUAAAAGUUUAUGAUCUGGCUUAUGAAUGUGGACCAACACAAUUAUUGCAAGAAACUUCGUUAUGUAUUGCAAUGACGAAUAUGAUCAAAUCUUAUGGGCAAGACCAAAACUUUGAUCAAUCUGAAGUGGCAACUAUGUGUGCUUAUUAUUUAGAGAUGACUAGAGCACUUACUGCAAAAAGACAGAUGGUUGCUAAAUUGAAUGAAAAAUUGCAAUUUUCCCUGAAGUAUGAUGAUAUGCAAUGGCCAAACCAGGUUGUAACAUCGGCAUGUUUGGAUGAUAAAGAUUGCGAAGAUGAUUUAAAUGAUGAAACUGAUUCUCAAAAGGAAUUUUUAAAAACUUUAUUGAAACAAUAUACAAAUGAAUUAUCACUAACUUAUGAACAGUUUCAAUCCGAGUUCUUGGACAUCUUGCCGCAUAAUUGGGUCGUCUGCUCUAUUUCUAUUGACAUUGAGACAAAUGACAUGUUCAUUUGUCGGUAUCAACGAAAAACAUCACCUUUAUUACUAAGAUUACCUUUGAAACGUCAAUUUAUCAGAGAAGGUGACGAAGGCGGUUUUGCUUACAGUGAUGUGAUUAAAGAAUUCAAUGAAAUACUAGAAUUAAGUAAUCAAAGUAUGCGAGCUGGUAAAAUGUUACAGACUAAACAUGAAAAGGUAGAAUGGUGGAAGGAAAGGUCACAAUUGGAUUUGAGGCUUAAAGAAUUACUUGAUAAUAUUGAGGAUUGUUGGCUUGGUGGUUUUAAGGGAAUUUUAAUGGCAAAUACACAUCAUGAUCUCAGUCAAAUUUCUCGUUUCAAAAAUAAAAUGGACAGUAUAAAUUUUAGAUGUGAUGUGCGCAAGUCGUCCGUUAAACAUCAAACAAAAAAUAAGCUUGAUAUUGAUGUAGAAUUAUAUAAGUUGUUACUUCGUUUAGGUGCAUAUCCUAAAGAUCAAGAUAUUGAAGACGUCCUUUAUUUCCUUGUGGAUGCAUACAAUAAAUAUAAUGACGAGCAGAUCGGGUAUGAUGAAAUAGAUUGGGACAAACUCACUAUAGACGUUCAAGAAAUAAUAUCUAGUAUUAAUUUGGUCGAUUCACCUCAAGCUGAUGAUCAGCAUGUGAUUUUGAUUCUCGACAAGAAUGUUCAAAUGCUACCAUGGGAAAGUUUACCAUGUUUGCGGUCUCAAGCGGUUUCGCGUUUACCUUCCCUAUCAUUUUUAAGAGAUCGUAUAACGUUAAUAAAUCACAUUAAUAAUAAACAAGACGAAUCAAAUACUUCGAAUUAUUUUAUUGAUCAACGCAAGGCCUUUUAUGUGCUCAAUCCAAGUCAAGAUUUAAAGUAUACGCAAAAUGAAUUUGAAGAUUUUGUAAAGAGUUUUCAAGAAUGGGACGGGGUUAUUGGUCGCCCUCCCUUUGAGCUGGAAUGCAAAAACGGAUUAGCAAAUAAUGAUCUUUAUAUAUAUGUUGGCCACGGUACUGGAGAACAAUAUAUUCGAAGUCAUUGUAUUAGAGCUCUUGACCGUUGUGCAGUUACUCUAUUAUUUGGUUGUAGUAGUGGUCAUUUGUGUGAUAGGGGAGAGUUUGAUCCAUCGGGUACGGCUUUAAGCUAUAUAAUAGCAGGCUGUCCUGCGCUUGUCGCUAAUUUAUGGGAUGUCACAGAUAAAGAUAUUGAUCGGUUUAGUAAAGCACUUUUCAAUAAAUGGAAAUUAUGUCCUAAUAAUAUGGAUGCUAUUACUCCAAGGGAGGAUGUAUCAUUGGUACAAGCUGUAUCAAUGGCAAGGAAUGAAU